GUAGAUUUGAAAUUUAUAUUUACAGACCUCCGUGACAAAGCCAGUGAAAGUAAGAAAUAGAAUAUUUCUUAUAGUAUAUUUACUAGUUCUAUAUUUACAGGGAAACGCAAUGGCAGAGGGUGGGGCAGAAUGGGAAUUCUACAAAGAAAACAUGCUGCCAUCAGGAGAAGGACGGGGUGUCACUGCACUACACCAUGACCUCGCCCACCAAGAAGAAGCCAGGCAUGCAGUUACAAAACAGAGGCAGGCAUUUGAAUCGGAACUCUGCAUGUAUACUGGGGAUGACCCGCUUGAUGUAUGGGACAGGUAUAUAAGAUGGACAGUACAUACAUACCCUCAGGGCGGUAAAGAGAGCAAUCUAACAGACCUUCUGGAGAGGGCAGUGCAGUUGUUUGUGGAUGACGAGAGAUACUCCGACGAUUCUCGCUAUGUUGACAUCUGGCUAAAACUGGCGCAGAACAGCACAGGGCCAGAGAACACCUACAGCUACAUGCAGGCUCAGGGUAUUGGGGUUACCCGAGCUGCCCUCUACAUAGCCUGGUCUGAGGAGUAUGAGAAGCAUGGCGACUACCAGAAGGCGGACGUCGUUUUGCAAAAUGGGAUGAAGUCAGGUGCCCAGCCCGUUGAUAAACUGCAACAGUACCACAAGGGGCUGCAAGACCGAGCAUCUUGUCACGCCAUGCAAGGUGUAGCUAAGGGAGCCCAGGAGGAGGAAACACCUCCCAGGUGUCUGGUUGACCUGAGACCCCGGCGAGGGAAAAGGUCUGUUGCACCCAACAGAGGCCAGUCUGGAGGACUUGACAAGCAAGACACCCGCAGCAGUCAGAAUGUCCCAAUGGCAAUAUUUGAUGAGAACCAGAUUGGAUGCUCCAGUGUGGAGGCCCCUCCAAGCAUGAACAGCUUCCAGCAUUAUGUAGAAGGUGACCAGAUGCCAUCAGUGUCUGCUCAUAAGAGAGACCCAGAAGUGAACAUGGUCCUGUCUACAUUGCGGCCCGCUAUGGAGGAGUCUGCCCUGGAGUGCCAGCCCAAGCAACAGACGCAGCUGCAAGUGGCGGGAGGAGCCAAGGAGCAGAGCAUGUACUGCAAGGAGCUGAUCAAUAGCGGCGUGAUCGAGUUCACCUUUGAGGAGCUGCGUGCCCAGCGCUACUACAAGCGCAUAAGUCGAGGCCUUGACGAAAAAUUCCACCACCUGAGAAAAGUCGAGGAGGACCUCAAGCAAAAGAUUGAAGCAAAGCAGAGGGACCUUCAACUUAGGAAGUCUCAACACACGCAGCAUCCACAGGAUGUCACUAUCGAGGAGGAGAGUUCCCAUACGCCAGCUGCAGAGCCUGGAUCAGGUUCAUCUACUCAACAGCCUUUCCAAAUCUUUGUGGAUUCUCCAUCUGGCUCAUCUGGGAACUCUGUAUGUCAAAAUGCUGCUCCCACAGAUGAUGUUUUUUAUCCGCUUGGAGAAAGUGCUAUGAGUAUAAGGAUUCAGUACCCCCGUAAUGGCAAAGUACCUCUGAAUGAACAGGCCCAGAUGUCAAAGAGCUUUCCGGAGAAAACGGAGACCCUGACUGACGAGGCCAUCGUGUACGGCCACAACAACAAGACCCUGUGUGCCAGCCCCGAUGACACCAACGACUUUGCACUGGCCAACAAAAUGGCAUCUACCCCCUACACCGGCACACUGGGACAUAGAAUGAGUUUGCCAAACACUGGCAGUCUGACGAAGGACAUCCGUGACAUGGCCGGAAAUGUGGUGACUCCUCAACCUGAAGUAGACGGCAGGAAGAAGUUAAGCCCCAUCCAGGAAGCUGCCCUUGAGGCCUCCAUGGUGUCUUCCAAAGCCUGUGCCUCUUCGCUGGGUGUCCAGUCAGAAGGGAAGGGCAUGAACCACCUCAGCAGGCUUGAGGAGAGCCAGGCUGACCAGGAGAUCACGAACCAGACCGUUAUCAUCCACAGUCCACCAGAAGACCCCUGCAGUUUAAACACGAGGCUUCAGCUGCUAAAGCAGUUUGAUCUCAGAGCCUUCCCAAACUACCAUUCAGAGCCAGGAGCUCUCCCCAUGGUUGAAGAGGAUGAUGUGCUCUUCCUUGGGAAUGAGACCUUUGUCGUCAGUUCCAAGAUUCUGGAGCGUGAUAACUUUUCAGUUUACUCUGGACAUUGCGGGGAAGACAUUAUCAUUAAGGUGGAGCGAAGCACGGUACCCUGGGAUUUCUACAUCUCCUCGCGGCUGAGGGAGCGCCUGGCAAUGGAACCCCAGGCGCCCCCCUACGACCCCGGCCGGCAUUUUUUUUUCCAGGACGGCUGCAUCACUGUCCAUAAGGCCUACGCUCUACAGAUGUCAGGGAGGUGGUCCAGCGAGCGCUGCUUGGCGUCGCUGGUCAUGGGGCUGGUGGAGCUGGUCAGACGCAUGCACUCAAGCAGCCUGGUCCACGGAGUCUUCAGCCCAGACACGCUGCUCUUCAGUCAGAGUAUGUCUGAAGAUGACCAUGAGCGUAUCGUGGCCUUGGACUUCUCCAACUCACUGGACCUGGAGCUACAAAGGGACAUUACGACAGUGCAACACCUCCCUGCAGCCCAGGCGUACAUCACUCGGGGUCUGCUAGCGCCCUCUGCCAGCCCUUACCAGGUGGACCUCGUGGGCAUUGCUGAGACUGUCUACACGAUGCUAACCAAGAAAAGCAUGCAUCUAGUAAAGGAUGGCUCAGAGUACACUGUGGAGGAGUAUAGUGAAGCACACCCCAGUAAGGCUUUCUGGAGCAAGUUCUUUCGCACCAUUCUCAACCCACGAGACAAGCCUUCUGUAUCCGUCCUCACUGAGCUGCUUGGAGAUAUGAAGAUGGCUGGUUUUGCAGUAUAAAACCAUGUAGAUACGUUGCUGUUUGUAAUCCAUUGUGUAUUAUAAAGAAGGUAUUUCUUUUAGGAUGCUGUACGUAGGUCCAGUAGAGG